AUGAAAUACUCUGUUAUCGCCGGCCUGUCCCUGUUGGGAUCGGCUAUGGCUACUACUGUGCCCACCAUUGAGAUCAAGGGCAAGAAGUUUUUCUACUCCAACAACGGCACCGAGUUCUACAUCCGCGGUGUCGCCUACCAGGCCGACUACAACGGCCGUAACGGUGGCUCCAGCGGUAGUAACAAUGACUACGUUGACCCUCUGGCCGAUGUCGAGAGCUGCAAGCGCGACAUCCCCUACCUGGUCGGCCUCCGCACCAACGUUGUCCGUACCUACGCCGUCAACCCUAACUCCAGCCACGACGAGUGCAUGAGCGCCCUGGCCGAUGCCGGCAUCUAUGUCAUCUCCGACCUGUCCUCGCCCACCGAGUCCAUUGUUCAGACUGACCCUUCCUGGAACGCCGACCUGUUCACCCGCUACUCCCAGGUCAUUGAUUCCUUCGCUAAGUACCCCAACGUGAUCGGUUUCUUUGCCGGUAACGAGGUCGCCAACAUGGUCAACAACACCAACUCCAUGGCCUACGUCAAGGCCGCCGUUCGUGACAUGAAGUCCUACAUCAAGGAGAAGAACUACCGCUCUUCUCUCGCCAUUGGUUACGCUACCGAUGACGAUGCCGCUGUCCGUGACAACAUCGCCAAGUACCUGGUCUGCGACGACGCCUCCGACUCCAUUGACAUGUUCGGCUACAACAUCUACGAGUGGUGCGGUGACUCCACCUACCAGACCUCCGGAUACAAGGCCCGCACUGAGGAAUUCAAGGACUAUCCUGUCCCCGCCUUCUUCUCCGAGUAUGGCUGCAACAACCCCCGCCCUCGUAAGUUCACCGACGUGCCCGUUCUCUUCGGCCCCAAGAUGGACAACGUCUGGUCCGGCGGUAUCGUCUAUAUGUACUUCGACACCGGCAACAACUACGGCCUGGUUUCCACCGACGGCAACUCCGUCUCCACUCUGCCCGACUACGGCAACCUCUCCAAGCAGAUGCUGUCCGCCACCCCCUCCGGUGUCAACAGCGCCAGCUACUCCGUCUCGACCACCGUCGGCCAAGCCUGCCCCACCGUUGGCCCGGACUGGCUCGCCGCUUCCAAGCUCCCUCCCGCCCCCAACGCUGACCUCUGCGAGUGCAUGUACAGCUCCCUGGACUGCGUGCCCGUGGAUGGCAUCUCCGACAAGCAGUACACCGAUACCUUCUCCUACCUCGGCGGCAGCGAUGGCGUCCUCGACGGUGUGAUCGGAAACGCCACCGAUGGUACCUACGGUACCUAUUCGAUGUGCAACAAGCUCCAGCGUCUCGGUUGGGCCAUGAACCGCUACUAUGAGAUGAAGGGCAAGUCCGACAAGGCCUGUGACUUCAAGGGUGCCGGCAAGCAGGUCUCCGGCACCUCCGCCUCCGGUGCCUGCGCUUCCCAGAUGAAGCAGGCCGGUCCCGCUGGCACUGGCAUCGUCGCUGCUUCCCUGGCUGCUUCCAACGGCGCUGCCUCGGGCGGCGGUAGCUCCAGCUCCACCUCCAAGGGCGCUGCUGGUUUCGUUGGCCCCAAGGCUGUCCACGUUGGCUCGUGGCACGCGGGUGCUUAUCUGGUUGCCGCUGUGGCUUCCGGUGCCUUUAUGAUUAUGCUGUAA